GUUCAUGUUGGCCAGGCUGGAGUUCAGAUUGGCAAUGCAUGCUGGGAACUUUUCUGUCUGGAACAUGGCAUUCUGCCAGAUGGCACCUUCAAGAAAGAGUCCAAAGAGCUCAACGAUGAUGACUCCUUUGCCACAUUUUUCAGAGAGACAGGGACAGGAAAGCAUGUGCCACGGGCUAUUAUGGUAGACUUAGAGCAAACUGUAGUGGAUGAAGUACGUACUGGCACUUACCGGCAGCUUUUCCAUCCAGAGCAGCUGAUCACUGGAAAAGAGGAUGCAGCUAAUAACUACGCCCGUGGUCACUACACCAUUGGCAAAGACAGAAUUGAGUUAGCAUUAGAUCGUAUCCGUAAACUUACCGAUGCCUGUUCUGGGCUACAGGGAUUCCUGAUUUUCCACAGCUUUGGAGGGGGCACUGGCUCUGGCUUCACCUCUUUGUUGAUGGAACGCCUCUCCCUGGAUUACGGGAAGAAGUCCAAACUGGAGUUUGCCAUCUACCCAGCCCCCCAAGUUUCCACUGCCGUGGUGGAGCCCUACAACUCCAUCCUGACCACCCACACCACCCUAGAGCAUUCAGACUGCGCCUUCAUGGUGGACAACGAGGCCAUCUAUGACAUCUGCCGUCGCAACUUGGACAUCGAGCGCCCCACUUACACCAACCUGAACCGUCUCAUCAGCCAGAUAGUCUCGUCCAUCACUGCCUCUCUGCGCUUCGAUGGUGCCCUCAAUGUGGAUCUGACAGAGUUUCAGACCAACCUGGUGCCCUACCCUCGCAUCCACUUCCCCCUGGUGACAUACGCACCCAUCAUCUGCUCCGAGAGAGCCUAUCACGAGCAGCUGUCAGUGGCAGAAAUCACCAGUUCCUGCUUUGAACCCAACAACCAGAUGGUGAAGUGUGAUCCCCGUCAUGGAAAAUAUAUGGCCUGCUGCAUGCUGUACCGUGGUGACGUGGUUCCCAAAGAUGUCAACGUAGCUAUCGCGGCCAUCAAGACCAAAAGAGCUGUAAGAGCUGUCCAAUUUGUGGAUUGGUGUCCAACAGGCUUCAAGGUUGGCAUCAAUUAUCAGCCUCCCACAAUAACACCCGGAGGAGACCUAGCCCAAGUGGAACGUGCCGUCUGCAUGCUAAGCAACACCACUGCCAUCGCUGAGGCUUGGGCCAGGCUGGACCACAAGUUUGAUCUGAUGUAUGCUAAGAGGGCAUUUGUGCACUGGUAUGUUGGUGAAGGCAUGGAGGAAGGGGAGUUUGCAGAGGCCCGAGAGGACUUGGCUGCACUGGAGAAGGACUACGAGGAAGUGGGAACUAACUCAUUUGGAGAAGAAAAUGACAGGGAGGAUUCUUAAAAUACACUUUGCCCCUUGAUGCACACA